UUCUUUGAUUAUAUUAGGAUCACACAUGACCAAUUAUAAGUAAAAUAGAGGAUUCUUUCCUUAGAAACAUUGAGAAAACAAGCCCUUGUGAACUGGAUAUGGAGAUUAUCCAGAUAGACAAGUUGUUUUAAUACAUCUUUUAUAGAUGUUAAAGACAGAACCAUGUUCUAGCUUGUCCCACACUUGUAGACCACAGGUUUCAACGACUUUUCAAAGAAGGUUCAAACUCAUUCAUUGAUCUUUCUAUAUAUACACAUACCCCUUUCUUUAUAUCAUCAACAAACAGGAAGCAACAUAUCCAUCAACUUGAAGCUUUUCAUACAUCUGAUCAAAAGCCUCAAAAGAAUUUUCAAACUUUACAAAAAGAGAUGGCGUUGAUGAGAAGUCUACUGGGUGCAACGAAGAUUUUUGGCCUCUACACCGCCAAAAGAGCAACCAUGGCGGCACCACCAAAAGGGUUUCUUGCGGUGUACGUAGGAGAAAGUCAGAAGAAGAGAUAUAUGGUGCCAAUCUCUUACUUGAGCCAGCCUUCGUUUCAAGCUCUUCUCAGUAAAUCCGAGGAAGAGUUUGGGUUUGAUCAUCCAAUGGGUGGCCUAACCAUUCCUUGUCCCGAAGAUACAUUCAUCAAUGUGACUUCUCGGAUGCAGUGAUGAAUAACUGAUUUUCUAGUAUUUUAUUCUUGUGGAGUUAGAAGUAGACAUAUUCAUUGUAAAUAGAUGACCUUUUUUAUCUUUCUUCUUGAAAGAGUUGUUCUAAAGGUUUACAUGGUGAAUGUCAUUUUUAUGCAAUGGACACGAUCUUGUCAAUA